CAGCUAGAGGGACGUAUAAGCACACUCAGGCAUAUCAAGCGAUUCACUUAGGAUCGGCAUCGAGCUGACUUUGGUGGUGAGUAAUUCGACAUCGUCGGAAUCGAUAGAGCUGGACCACUGGGUUGACUUACCAAAAAUUGUGCAGGUCGGUCGUUGGUUCAAUUGAAAUGAUGCCAUGAUAUCGCCUGCCGCGAGGACUUUUACAUGACGGUUGCAAUCACGCAAGACCUCAACUUCAUGUUCAGAUCAUGCCCGAAUCUUUCGAGCAUCCGCAUAAAUCUCGAUCCUCAGAAUGUUCAUUGGGAUGAAGAUUUCCCCAGACCUCAUCAUGAACAGGGCAUCUUCCAUCUACCAAUCCAUGAAACACCUCUUUCGCCGCAACUGAAACAUCUCGAUCUACAUGGUCUGCUCGUCGAUUACUCGGACACUCAAAAUAGACUUCCUGCAAUUUGUGCCACACUUGAACAACUCAGUAUUGGCGUCAAGAUGCACCAUACUGAUCAAACACUCCCUUCUAUUCCGCAGAUGAUAGCACACUCAUCUCUGCUUACGAGUCUUCAAAUCAGUUUCGGCUGGAAAUUGAGGCCAGUGCUUGCGCAUCAGGAUUGGUCACUCAUACGACUUCCGAACUUACAGCACUCGUCUUUCUUGUACGUCGAUACAUCGAUCCAGUUGAUGCGGCAACUGCUCUCCUACAAUGAUGCUACAUUGGAGAGUGUGCACUUCUCGUCUGUUGACCUUACUGCCGGUAGCUGGGUCGAGGUGUACGACAUUCUUGGUCGCAAAAAGUUGAAUUAUUUGGGAAUGAUCUCCUGCCGCUAUCACCGAUUUUCCGACGAGCGGUACAUGCCACUGGAAUGGGAACGCCGCAGGGUACUUUGUGACCAUAUCGAUACUCAUCGACAAUCAGGCGAGUAUGACAAGAUGGUAAUCUGGCCCGCACGUGGUGGUCUUGAUAUCCAUAUGGGGUCUCCUGGCUCGGAACCGUGCUAUAGCGAAGAUCCUGACGAUUUUCUUGAAGGUCUGCAUGGCAACGAUCUCGGGGAUUUGUCAGAUUACUCUCUUGAGACAGACGAGGACUCCCUCGCAGCAUUCAUGGAAUAGAACACAGAAACAACAUCUCAGCACCAAAAUAAUUAACGUGGUGGCCUCACUUGAGGGUGUACGUCUCUGGCAUCGUUCUAUGGAGCAUGCUUUUAGGCUGCUGCAUAUGACCAUAAUUUGAGCGAAAAUGCUUGCAUGCUCAACCUAAUGAAUCCGCCCUCUGGUGACGGACUUCUUGAUCGUGCUUUUCUCACAUUCAUGCCCGGCAAAUAGUUCACAUACUCAG